CGUCGCCGGACAUCUCGUCGCCGUCGUCGCCGUCGUCGAGAGCCAUUCCGUCUCUUCAUGCUCGUCGUCACGCAUUCUGUGAUCUGUGGGUCUGACUGGAACUAGCGACUAUCUCAACGCUGUCGACUCGGACUAACUCAACCGACGCGUCUUCCGCCACCGACGACAACUCGUCCACACUCGCAUCCGAGACGUCCCGCGACAGCUAUCUCGCCUGGAGCUCGUAGGAUAUGACUGUAACGCAUCGUAAGAGACAGUAUCAGCCAGAAGAAAUCCAAACCGUCAAUGAACCUGGUCUUCAGAUCCAGUGUGAUGGAUGCGCUCGGGAUUUAACCCAUUCGAUUCGCAUGAAAUGCGCAGACCCAGUCUGUGAGGUCGGAGACGGUGUCGAUAUCUGCCCGGCAUGUUUCUGCAGCGGGAAAGAAUUCGGGCAACACAAACGGUGGCACGCGUACCGGGUGGUGGAACUACAUUCCUACCCAAUAUUUUUGGAAGACUGGGGAGCAGAUGAGGAGCUCUUGCUCUUGGAGGGGAUUGCAUUGCAAGGGCUCGGCAAUUGGCAAGCAAUAGCCGAACAUGUGGGCACGCGGGGGAAGGAGGAAGUGCAAGAGCACUAUCAAUCCGUCUAUAUAGACUCGCCCGAUUGGCCCCUUCCUCGCAUGGACCGCCACUUCGACGUCGACCCUGCCGAGUUCCAGGAGCGCAAGCGCCGCAGGAUCUCUACCAUGAACACCAACCCCCCACCCGCACCGAAAGUCGCGCCGACUUCCGCCCCCAGCGUCCACGAAGUCGCCACGUUCUUGCCCGGUCGGCUCGAGUUCGAACAUGAGCUCGACAACGAAGCCGAGGACCUGGUGAAGGAUCUCGAGUUUGGUGUAUGUCUGCAAUGGGACGGUGACCAGAUACCGGAAGACGAGAACGACCUCGACGUCAAGGCUCGAGCUAAAUGGGAGGAGGAGCUGAAAGCGAAGGAUACGCCCGCUGGAAAGCAUCUGCCCAACGGCGCCGCCAACGGUCUCUUCAACGGCCACAUUGCGAACGGCAGCAGCCCAUCGAGAGAAUCUCGAGGCCGGUCAGAGGACACGUCGAAGGCAGACGGCAACGCAGAUGAGGCCGAGGUAGAGGAGCAGACGCAACCACCGCCCAUUGAGACGCCCGAUUCCCUCGGCUUCAAGCUCUCACUGAUCGAGUCGUACAACCAGCGCAUCGACAAGCGGCUCGAGAACAAGGCAUUCAUGUUUGACAGGGGACUGCUCAACUACAAGCAGAUGCAGGCUGCCGAGAAGAAGCGACCAAAGGAGGAGAAAGACAUCGUCCAUCGAUUGCGUCCCUUCGCUCGAUUGCAGACAGCCCAAGACUUCGAGGAGUUCUGCGCUGACAUUCUCUAUGAGUCUUUGUUGAGGAAGCGGAUUACAGAACUGCAGCACUACCGCAGAAUGGGACUGACAACCGUGGCGGACAUAGACAAGUACGAAGCGGAUGCGGCCAAGAGGACGCAGGCGAAGACGAGUCUUUCCCGGGACUAUUAUCCGGAACGUCUACCCCAGCUACGCGCUCCGGGUGGGCGGCAGUCGUCCGUCUCCGACGUGCGCACAGAACGUGGGAAGAGCCACGAGCGCGAGUCAACGCCCAACAAGCCAGGCGGAUCGGCUCAUGGCGCCUCCGGUACCGGUCCACCCGGGCGGAAGAUGCCUGCACCCCUCAAUCUCGCGAACAGCCCACUCUUGCACCUGCUCACGCCAGAAGAGCAGACGCUCUGUUCCCAGUUGCGUAUCCUCCCGAAACCUUACCUCGUCAUCAAGGAGACCCUAGUCCGCGAGUACGCACGGCGCGGAGGGAAGCUGCGUCGGCGCGAAGCACGCGACCUUGUCAAGAUCGAUGUCAACAAGACGAGUCGCGUGUGGGACUUCCUCGUCCAGGCUGGUUUCUUGCGCGUAGGACCUGUCGACCCGGGCCCGUCCGUACAUGGGCAAGACAACAGUCGCCCAUCAGCGACGCCGUCCCUCAGUGCUUCGCCGAGCAAGGAAUCGCAGAUGCAAUCCUCCCCCAGACCACUGCCAUUCACGACCACGCCUCUUGGUUCCUUCUCAUCCGCUGCUGGUCCUUCUGGUAGUUGAGUGUUGCGUUGCUCGCAUGGACCGAUGACAUCAUUGUACUGUAUCGCUGUAUUUGUGCGCUUCGUAUACCCAUCCCUGCAUAUGUAAAUUACUACAACGCAAUGCAUUAGACUGUCCGUUGGCCGCUUGUCGAUG